AUGUUCCGUCCAUCUCUGCGCCAGGCUCAUUUGGGGUUGAAUCCUUGUAAAUUAUUGGCUCGUGUUGCUGUGCCAGUUCGGCAUGCGUCCCAGCGCCGAAACGUUGAUAAAAUUGAAUGGAAAUGGUUUCUAUUAGUGGCUGCCUUUGGUACAAUGGUGUAUGUGAACGUCAUGCAGCGGAUCCAGGAACAGGACCAUUCCAAGAACCUUGAGAAAUACAAAAAGACCUUCACUGAAGACGAAUGGAAUAAGUAUAUAUCUGAGAUCCAGAAGAAGCAUUUAACGUUGGAGAAAGGUGAAGAGUGUUAUCUACUGCCAGUGACGAAUGGGAAUAGUAAGGACUCUAAGGUAGUUAAGCAAAUAGUGGAGAAGCUAGGUGCCAAAGUCAUCGAUCUGAAUGAGCUCGUGGAGAGACAACUAGAGGGGGGCAAGUAUCAUAUUCUUUUAAAGGAAAAUUUGGAAACCCAUGAUCCAAAGGCCAAUGGGUUUGCAUAUUCCUUCACGUAUCGGUUGAAACCUGGGAUCUUCACCCAGUUGGUAAGCGACGAGAUCAAGAAGGAGAAGGACGCCGACCCUGGUGCUGGCAGAUUCCUACUUUUGAACUACCCGCCAAACAUCAAGGAGGCCAUCAAAUUCGAACAGAAUGUUUGUAGCAGGGACACCCUGCUCGUGUUGAAGGAAGAGGAGGAUAACAAUGUUGUCGAGUACUUUGAGACUGUGGACAAGAUCAAGCAUGUCAAGGACUUACCGAAACUGGAUCCUUUGGAAAUCAGUCAUGUAGCUAAACCUGCUCCUCUCUUAGAGACACCGCAAUUGAAAAUGUUGGCAGAUACCCAACCAUCCCAGGAUGCUCCUGCAAUUGAAAAGGCGCAGUGGCAGUUGAGACAACUUGGACAGCCAAUCAGACAGUAUGGCGAAUCCGACGAGGAUGUUAUAACGAGACUCAAGUCGUUGAAAUAA